AUGUCAUCCAGAAAACGUGCGUCUGAGUCAGGCGCGGGCCUCGACAACCUGCACAUCAAAAAGGUCAAGGUCAACAAUACAGGGGAAGCCAAAACCGACUCCAAUGGAGAUCGCUAUUGGGAACUAUCUAAGAUGCGCCGCGUGACCAUAUCUUCUUUCCGAGGAAAAACCCAGGUGAAUAUCAGAGAAUACUAUGAAAAGGAUGGGCAGGCAUUGCCAGGAAAAAAGGGUAUCUCAAUGCCCGUGGAUCAAUUCGCUGCCAUCAUCUCUAUUCUACCUGAGAUCGAGCAGGCACUGAGCGAAAACGGAGAAACCUUGCCUCGGCCUGUCUACUCCACAGAGAAAGGCCAGUUUGAUGAAGGAGAGCAAGGGCAGGACCAUCCAGACAAUCAAAAUCCAUCAAAGCCGAAUAUCGAGGCAACAAGUGAUGAGGAAAGUGAAGCAUAA